AAUUUUUCCCCUCAUGAGCUCACUCUGCUCUGCUGAAAAAAAACAAAAAACUCCCAACUACACAAACUCUCGCGAUACUUGGUGUCCUACUCUCGCUCCAUCUUUUCCUCCAGGACUCGCAUCAUCACAGGCUCAGCUGACGCGGCGCUGGGAGCUGGCGGGCACAGAAAAGAGGUGAGAAAAGGGUGCUGCAGGCAUGGAGCAGAGGUGAGAGUUUAUCCAUGGAUGGCCAGCUAGUUACACUCCUGCAGUGCAGCAGCAGCAUGAUAAGCCCACCACAGACUCUGCUAUAGCUGCCAUCUAUCUAUCUAUCGCCAUGGUGAGAGAGAGCUCCUGGACCUUGACUCUGUUGCCAUGGUGACCCUGUAGCAAGAACCUUAUGACUCCAAUCUGUUGCCCCGGUGAUCACAUAAAAAGACCCAGGUAACUAUUUCAAUCUGCUGCCAUGGUGACGGUGUAGAGACACCCUGUAAAGUCGUAGUCAGUUGCUAUGGUGAUCCUGUAGCAAGCAGCGACACUCACUAUGGGAACGUCCAGGAUGUUCCGCAUCUUCGUCGUCCUAGGCUCGGCCUUCAUGAUCCUCCUGAUCAUCAUUUACUGGGACGACGUCGGAGCCUCACAUCUGUAUCUGCACACCCCCGUUUCCCCGGGACCCAAGAUCCCACAUCCCCCGCCUCAUCAGCGAGCUCAGACCUCCCGGACGCCGUCCUUCCUGUCCGACAUCGAUGCCUUCGUCAACCAAUUCUUAGAGCCGGGAACCGGCGAGCCCACAGACCCCGUCCCCGCCGACACAAGUAACCAAUCAGAGAAAGCAGAGGAACGGUAUAUACCGCGGCGGGAGUGGAAGAUUCACCUGACUCCAGUGGCGGCCGAGCUCCGUGAGAGACAGGAGCAGCGACGGAGGUUACUCCAGGAGAUGUGCGCCAAUGACAGCGUGGUGUUUCCUGGCAAGAACCGUUCGUUUGACGACAUUCCCAACAGGGAGCUGGAUCACCUUAUCGUGGACGACAGGCAUGGCAUCAUCUACUGCUAUGUUCCCAAGGUAGCGUGCAGUAACUGGAAGCGCAUCAUGAUAGUUCUCAGUGAAAGCCUGCUGCGGGACGGCGUUCCCCAGAGAGACCCGCUGGCCAUCCCCAGGGACCUGGUCCACAACAGCAGCAUGCACUUUACCUUCAACAAGUUCUGGAAACGUUACGGCAAGUUUGCAAAGCACCUCAUGAAGGUGAAGCUGAAGAAGUACACCAAGUUCAUUUUUGUGCGGGACCCCUUCGUGCGCCUCAUCUCCGCCUACCGGAACAAAUUUGAGCUGCGCAACGAGGACUUCUAUCGACGCUUUGCACAGGUCAUGCUGCGCCGCUACGGCAACCAGCCGACGCCUCCGGCCUCUGUGGACGAGGCGUUCGGCGUGGGCAUCCACCCCUCCUUCUCCAACUUCAUCCAGUAUCUCCUGGACCCUCAGACGGAGAAGGAGAUGCCCUUCAACGAGCACUGGCGGCAAGUGUAUCGGCUUUGCCACCCUUGCCAGAUUCAGUACGACUUUGUGGGCCACCUGGAGACCGCGGAGGAGGACGCAGAGCACCUGCUGCGCCAGCUGCGAGUGGACAACGUGGUGGAGUUCCCCACCUCCCACAGGAACCUCACAGCCAGCAGCUGGGAGUCCGAUUGGUUCAGCACGGUGCCCGUCGAGGCUCGGAGAGAACUCUACAAGCUGUACGAACCUGACUUCAGGCUCUUUGGCUACGACAGACCGGACUCCAUCUUCAAUGAGUGACUUUCUACAUAACUGACCCAGACACACACAGACAACAUGUCCUUUAAUACUACACUCCAACAACAGUGACACCUCCCUUUGUUCUGGGCUUUUGCAGACGUGUCCUCCGGUCUUGUGUGUCCUACACUGAAUGUGCACGUUAUUAAGGACACUCACUGCUCCAAGGAAGCACACUAAUGAGGUGAAGCCAGGUUAAUAGCCAUUAUUCAAUCACAACGAUAACAAGAAGCACACAAGUAAGAGUGCAAACAGCAUGUGUCCCUAACAUGUUGUACAUUCAGUGUAGUCCUUAACUCAAAACUCCACGCCGAGUGUCAAGCACUCCCAACGUUGAUGUCACGCCACGCCUGGCAUUUGUGAUGUCACAGUUGUGUUGUGACAAUCCUGUCUCCCACAAAAUGAUGUUCUCAUACAACUAAACCGCAUUCUCAAUUACGUAAUUUCCCCUGGAUUACUCUCGCACUUUUAAACAAUUUUAAACAUUAACUUUGUAAAUUGAAGCAAAACAAAACGAAAAAAACGCAACAACACUACUUUGUUAGGUUUAUUAAAAAAAACAUUGUUUGACUUAAAGAUGCUAUUGAUAACAUUGAUAACAUUCAGCCGCUAGAUGUCACUAUCUCCCCCGUUCCAUUGCUUUUACUUUACAACAAGUCGUUGCCAGACACUUACCGUCAAUUGCAGCCACUUAUGACGACCCAGA